AUGGCCGAGGACAAAAGGGCCUUUGCCCUGAUUGGCGCCAUUAGCGCCAUCCGCGACGGCCUGCGACACGACAUCGACGGCCUGCGACAGAUGCACAACCGCUGGAAAGACAGCAGCCCAUCGCCCAUCAACCUGAUUGCCCACCUGACCGCUUUGAAAUCUACCUUUGGAAACAUCCAGGACUGGCUGGAAGUGGCCAGCAAUGACGUCCACCCACACCUGCUCACUGACCUCGACGUGCUCAUCCACUCGUCCAAUGAGCUUGCCCGCCACGUGAAUGUUCUAAUCACCAGCUUCAAGCACUCAGACCCCAGCGCUGCCGACUUCGCCGCAAAGCUCAAGUAUGCCAUCACCAGCAAGACCAUGGAGCGGCUGCAGACGGUCGCCCAACGUGAAAAUGACGCUGUUAAUCUAUUAUUGGCAGCAUGCCACUGCACGGCACAGGCCCAGCGCAAGAUUCUGCUCCAUAAGAGCCGUCAGAUCAGGCAGGAGGACAAUGUAAACCUCAAGCUGCUCGCACAGUCUGCAAAAUGGAACGGCGGCUGCAUCACCGGUCUGUCGCAGCUAUCGUCUUUCAUUCGAUGGCUGAGGUUGAUCUUCUGCGGGGCGCCUCCACUCGACAGGAACAUUUCGCCUACGGAUACAGAGUAUGAGCACAUUGAGGCCAUACACCGGUCCGAAGCAAUCGAUCGUGCUCUGCAAAGGGAAGCCACUCAUCUUUACCGCGAAACUAAGCUUGUUCUUGUAGGAAAUAAUAGCAGUGGCAAAGACCUCGUCAUGCAUCAAUUAAAAGUGCUGCACGCAGAAGGCCAUCACACGGCUGAUCAGCGCACAGCGUACAGCUGCCAAAUCUACCAAGUCAUCUACUCUCUGAUGCAAUCCAUGGCCAAUCUACUCAAAGAUACCGGCGUUUCCCUCCCCCCGGAGCUGAACCAGGAUUUUGCCAUCUUGCUGAACGAGCUGGAUGCUGGCAAGGAAGACAUCUCUCCGGAUGCUGUCAACGCCAUCAGCAGCAUCUGGUCGAGCCCGCAGUUUUCCAAGCUCUACGACCACAACUUUGAGAUUGAAUUUCCACAAUACGCACCCUACUUUGCGCAGGAAGUCGCUCGCAUUGCCCGCCAAGACUACGUUCCUAGCGAGGCAGACAUCAUACGCCUGAACCAAUCCAUGCGCGGCAUCAAGGAGCUGCGCUUCAACUGGGACGAAUUAGACAUACACCUUUUCAAUAUCAAGGGGUACAUCCCCGAUACCUUCCGCGACCGCUGGUUCCAUCAGCUCGAGGGAGCGUCUGCGAUCAUCUAUAUCAUCAAUGUGUCGCUGUACGACCAACCGAAUCCCGCUCGACCCGACGAGUCGCUUUUGGCCAACGAAUUCAAAACGUUUGAAAGCUGGAUCAGCCAGCCAGGAUUCUCUACCUCUUCAGUCAUUCUCAUACUCAACAACUACACUCGCUUUGUCACAAAACUGGCGCACUCACCCUUGGAGAAGUUCUUUCCCGACUAUUCACCCAAUGAAGAGGAUCCUGAGAUGUCGGCAAGACAGUAUAUCGUCCGACAUCUUAAGAGUGUCAACCAUCGAGGCCUCUACUUCUACUCAUUUUGGGUCGACCUCGACUCAAGUGACAACAGACAGUUGUACUCGGCACUCAGGACUACCCUAUCGCAGAUAGAGGGCCGUAGAGCGCACGAAGAAGCUCAGGCUGCAGAAAAUCCACCCACAGUCUCGGAUCCCCCGACCGAAAAUUGUAUAUCCAACGUGCUCAACGUCAGCCUGUCCCGCAGCCAGAAGAAGAAGAAACAUGAAAUCGAGCAAAUGAAAACCAUGGGAUUCCUCAAAGGCGACUGAGGUGUCUUGCGCGAGGGGCAAUAUAUGGGUGUCGUCUUGUUUGUAAUUUCAGUGCGACGGCGUUUUUGGGAACGAAGAUACCAUGGUAUGGCGGGCCGGCGUUGGGAUCGAGAUGGAGUUGACAUGC